AUGUUCAACAUAUUCCGCAUUCUCGGCGAUCUGUCGCAUUUGGCGAGCAUCGUUAUCCUGCUCAGAACAGUGCAGAAGACCCAACGAGUGGACGGAAUCUCUCUCAAAACGCAGAUCCUGUACGUGUUGGUGUUCUGCACAAGAUAUCUGGACCUUCUGACUUUCCGGUGGAAGUCUGUGUACAACACGCUGAUGAAAAUGGUGUUUAUUGGCGCGUCCGUAAGAGUUAUCCAGCUGAUUCAGGGUUGUAAGAUCCAGAACCCAGUGGCAUACAAAGACAUGAUUUUCCGCGACACAUUGCAAAUCAAGUACCUGGUGGGCCCCUGUGCGGUUCUGGCGCUAAUUUUCAACUACAAAUUCACGUUGCUAGAACUGUGCUGGAGUUUUUCGCUGUGGCUGGAGAGUGUUGCCAUCUUACCACAGCUGUUCAUGCUGUCACGGUCGGGCAAGGCCAGCACGCUAACCACGCACUAUAUUUUCGCACUGGGUCUGUAUCGCGCUUUGUACAUCCCUAAUUGGAUCUGGCGAUACUACUCGGAAGACAGACUGGAGAAACUCUCGGUGUUCACGGGUCUGCUGCAAACUGCGCUGUACUCCGACUUUUUCUACAUUUAUUACAAGAAGGUGGUCAAAGGAGCAGGGUUCGAGCUGCCCCAUUAA